GAUGUUCAAGAAGUACCCAGAGACCAAGAACUACUUCCCCAAGUUCCGGGAAAUACCGAAUGAGGAGCUGUGGGAAAACCCCAAGAUGCUGUGGCACGGGGCCAACGUGCUGAACUUCCUGGGGGCGGUGGUGAGGAAACUGGAGAAGCCCGACACCCUGCUGGUGCUGGUGGAAAAGUCGGCGGUCAGUCACAGACACAAGGAUGUACAGGCCAUGGACUACGAU